CGGUCUGCGUCGUGGAGCGAGGCGCGGUGUGUGGCCGCGAGCAGGAGUGGAACAUCAGCAGGGCGGAGCUGGAGGAGCUGGUCGAGGCUGGGGCGCUGGCGCCCGAGGACCUCGACGGCGCCCUGGAGGACCCCCCGGCGGGGCACGUGGCGCGGAGCGGGCCCGACGCGCUGGUGGCGGCGAACUUCGGCUCCGUGAGAGCGGGUUUCAACCCGGCAGAGUUCGGGCCUUCCGGUGGUGGUGACCCCCGCCUGCAGGAGGUGUGGCUGAACGGCGUGCUGCACCUGGGCGUUCGGCCGGCGGUGGCCGUGGCCCGGGCACGCCGGCGCUUCGAGGCGCUCGGGGGGCGCGUGCUUGAGGGGGUCACCGCGGGAGGCGUGGAAGUGCGGCCUGACGGGGCGCGCGUGCUCCUGGGCGACGAGGCCGUGUCGGCCAGGCUGGUCGUGGACUGCAUGGGGAAUGCCUCGCCCAUCAGCCGCGCGGCUCGCGGCGCGGGCACGGCACCGAGCGGCGUGUGCAUCGUGGUGGGCAGCUUGGCGGAGGGGUUCGAGAUGGACAACAGCUACGGCACGGUGGUGGAUAUACACGAAUGACGGCCUCUGGACUGGCGACGUCAAGGAUGCGGACCCACUCGGCUCCCCACGCAAGCAGUAUUAUUGGGAGGCCUUUCCGGCCGGUUCGG